AUGGCUGACCUUCAAGCAUCGCUCGGCAAUCUUCGGUUAUCAGAGCCACGGCCGGAGCAGCCACCRUCCGGGAACGAGUACUUCCAGAUCAAGCCUGCAAGCCUAUUGGGUCUCUCGGACGAACUUCUUGCAAUCAUCUGCAGCCAUGUCAUGAUAGAUCCGGGAUCAGAACGCCAACACAUCGACAAGGUCUUUGCCUUUCCCCAAGGAGUCAUUCCCGACCGAAUCAAUGACCACCUGCGAAUACUCCUCCGCCCAUUUCGAUGCCAUCCAAGAUUGUACAGAAUCGGCCGGCAUGAAUUCCUCGCUUCCAACUUGGCAGUCUUGAAUUCCGCCGAUCUCAAAGCUUCUGCCGCUAUCCUCCUGCCGGCAUCGGUAUCGCCUCGAAAUUCCAUAUUGCUCCUCAAAUCCCUGGUCCACGUGCAAUGCCAUGUAAGCGUCAGCGAUCUCCGAGCGCCUUUCACCCAGCGUUUCAACACCCACCAUGUAGAUGUCCUGAACAUGGACCGGGAGUGCGAACAACUUCGACGCAUGUCCGAACUCUGUCCCAACCUCAAGACACUGCAUCUAUUCCUCAAGAUUGAUGAGUGGUAUCUCAUGCCAACAGGACCGGACAUUAGGAUGGAUUCUGGAAGGCCGAUGACGGAGAGAGAGGUGAGGUAUCGUGGAAGGGCGCAGACGGUGGUGCAGUUGGUGAGAUCUCUACCAUUGGGGAGGGUUACUGUUGCUUUCCAUCACUGGCGUAAGGAUGUCGCUGUUCUUGACAUGCGGGAUAUGGCGACUGAGAAGGUCAUUGAUGUGAUUCUGGCAAAGACGGUGCCGGAGACUUGGGAUGCGCCGAUCGCGAGGGUCAACAGACCGAAGCUCUCUACCUCUUGGGUUCAAAGCAGCCGCAAGUCAGGGGUGGUCGUCUUCCAUGGGAAGGAGCUGCAGCUUACAGUACCUGCCGGCUUCCUGUACGAGUCUCGCUUGGAUUUGGGGGUCAAGAUUCCAUCUCUCCUUCCCACUCUCCGGCGAACCUUCACCUACGCCAACGAUGCCUACUCCUAG